AUGGAUUUUACAUCAACACAAGAUUUUUAUAUCAUGUCUUUUAUUGAAUUUACAAUAUGCGCUAUUGUUUUUAUAUUGAUGCGUAUUUCAUAUAAAAUAAUAAGAUUAGUCAUAGAAUCAUAUACUUCAUGCAAAAAAUCUUCAAAUGUAAAAAAGAAAAUUAGUUCUUAUAAAUGGACACUCUUAUCUCAUGAAGUAGUUAGAGUAAAGAAUGGUAAAAUUAUACCAUCUUCUCAUAGAGAUCUUUCUAAUAAUCUUAAUAAUGAUGAUGUCAUUAUCAUGAAUAAACAUGAAUCCUCUACAAAAGAGACCACUCUUAUUAAAGAUGAAAAUAAAAAGGUCUUAUCAUUGGCUAAUUCUUCUGAUAGAAAGAAAGUUUUUAUAAAAGAGAGAACAUACAAUUUCAAAACAUUAGUUAAUUAUUUCAAUGAAAUUAUUGCGAAAAAUCAAAGGAUGGAAAUGAGAUUAAAUGUAAUUAACCAAAUAAAAGCUCAAAAUUUAAGAAAAGCUUAUCAAAAAAAUAAUAAAACUGGACAUAUUUAA